AUGGGCUUGGGAGAGAAUAUCCGGCUUGAUACCCCACUGGACAUGGCCGGAUGGACCGUGAAGACCUCCGCUGAUGUGGAGAGCAACUUCACCUCAGUCGAGCGCCUGCAACACUUCAAGAACGUCCAGCAGGAGGCCUCCAAGGAGGCGAAGAUCACAGCUUGGCCCAGCAAAGGCAAAGUGGUCUUCGAAAAUGUGCAGCUGAGAUAUCGACCCCACCUCCCCUUGGUGCUGCGCGGUGUCUCCUUCAGCAUCAGUCCUGGGCAACGCGUGGGCUUGGUGGGGCGUACCGGCUCAGGCAAGUCGACACUGAUGCCACUUGGCAGGGAAGGGCAAGACACCGUGCUUCACCUUGGGCUCAAGAGUGAAAUUCGAGUCUCGCCCAGCGUGAAAUUUGCGGGGCAGAGUGGAGUGACCAUGGUGCAGAGUGAUGGCCUUUCGCUGGAAGAUGACUUGUACAUGCGUCUGAAGGACUUAAAACGCCAAAUGGAGUUCUUGGACAUUCAGGAAGAGUACAUCAAGGACGAGAUGAAGAACUUGAAGCGUGAGAUGAUUCGAGCGCAAGAAGAAAUCAAGCGAGUGCAAUCGGUGCCCUUGGUCAUAGGCCAGUUCUCGGAGAUGAUCGAUCAGAGUCACGGCAUCGUGUCUUCCACAGCGGGCUCCAACUACUUCGUUCGGAUCCUGAGCACCUUAAAUCGGGAACUCUUGAAACCCAACUGCUCGGUAGCUUUGCACCGUCACUCCCAUGCUGUGGUAGACAUUUUGCCACCCGAAGCAGACAGCACGGUGCAGAGUAUGGCCAUGUCCGAGAAGCCAGAUGUGACCUAUGCCGACAUCGGUGGUAUGGACAUUCAGAAGCAGGAGAUUAAGGAAGCGGUGGAGUUGCCGCUGACGCACAAGGAACUCUACGCGCAGAUCGGCAUCGACCCGCCCAGCGGUGUGCUGCUCUAUGGCCCGCCGGGCACGGGGAAGACGAUGUUGGCCAAGGCCGUGGCCAACAUGACCACGGCCACCUUCAUUCGAAUGGUGGGCUCUGAGUUUGUUCAGAAGUACCUGGGCGAAGGACCAAGGAUGGUCCGGGACGUGUUCCGCUUAGCUCGUGAGAAUGCCCCCUCCAUCGUCUUCAUUGACGAGAUCGACGCGAUUGGAACGAAGCGCUUUGACUCACAGACGGGAGCAGACCGAGAAGUGCAGAGAAUUUUGUUGGAGUUGUUGAACCAGAUGGAUGGUUUCGACCAAGAUACCACGGUGAAAGUGAUCAUGGCUACGAAUCGUCACGACACGCUGGAUCCGGCGCUACUUCGUCCAGGGCGCUUGGACCGGAAGAUCGAGUUCCCGUUGCCGGAUCGGCGUCAGAAGCGGUUGAUCUUCCAGACCAUCACAUCCAAGAUGAAUCUGAGCGAGGAGGUUGAUCUGGAGGACUAUGUGUCGCGACCCGAGAAGAUUAGUUGCGCUGAUAUCGCGGCAAUUUGUCAAGAAGCUGGCAUGCAAGCUGUGCGCCACAAUCGUUACGUCAUCCUGCCCAAAGACUUCGAAGCCGGCUGGAAAGACCAUGCCAAAAAGAAAGACCGUGACUUCGAUUUCUACGGAUUCUGAGUCACGCCCCUGGAGCGUUCCGUUGAAGAGAAGCCCGUGUCUCCCACAUAAACAACACAUAUUGUC